AUGCCGUCCCUCCUGCUCGUCGUCUUCCUCGUCGAGCUGGCCGUCCAGGUCGUCAACUCGCUGGGCGCUGCCACGAUAGCCGACUUCCUCUGGCGCAUCUGCAGCAUUGUGCCGUCCAAGCAAUCAGCCGCCGUCGCCGCGCAGCGCAAGGCCCAGACGGAGUACCUCGCCCUCCGCCGGGAGCUCCAUGCCACCAGCAGCCAGGACGAGUUUGCCAAAUGGGCCCGUUUGCGCCGCCAGCACGACAAGAAACUGGAAGAGUUGGAGGCGAAGAAAAAAUCCCUCGACACGGGCCGGCGCUCGUUUGACACGGCCGUCACCGUCCUCCGCUUGGCGCUCACGCGCGGCCUGCAGUUUUUGCUGCCCUUUUGGUACGCCCGCGAGCCCAUGUUCUGGCUGCCCCAUGGCUGGUUCCCUGGCUACGCCGAGUGGCUCGUCGCUUUCCCGCGCGCGCCCCGCGGCAGCGUGAGCAUCACCUCGUGGCAGCUGGCCUGUACGGGCGUGCUGGUCUUGGUCAAGGACACCCUUGUGGCGCUCGUGGCGCUGGUGCAGGAGGCCAGGGACACGACGACGCCGUCGCAGGAAAAGGAGACGACGUCCACAAAGCAAAAGGAGGCAGCGGUUGCUGCGGAGGGGGCGUCGAGCAAAGAGACGUCCAGCGAGACGAAGGCUGCACGGGCAGGAAAAGACGAACUGUAG